CUUAUGACUCGCGCUGAAGCGGCGGCGACUCCUGGCUUUUGCAGCGCUGUGGUCAGUGGUCGGCGGUGCUCUUGCCGCAGCUCCAGCGAGUCUCUUCCUUUCUGUUGCCGCCGCUGCUGCCUCCUGCCCUCUGAAAUCAUGGUGCGCUCCUGUCUUUUCUCGGUUCAGUGCUCGGGACUCGUUCUGCUCUGCCUGGGACUGGGAGCCAUCCAGUCAUAUGCAUUGGAACUUAAUUUGACAGAUUCAGAAAAUGUCACUUGCCUUUAUGCAAAGUGGCAGAUGAAUUUCACCAUACGCUAUGAAGCUACCAACAAAACUAAUAAAAUCGCCACUAUUUCAGAUCUUCGCAAUGUGACAUAUAAUGGAAGCAUUUGUGGGGAUGACCACUUUGGUCCCAAAAUAGCAGUGCAGUUUGGGUCUGGUUUUUCCUGGAUUGUGAAUUUCACCAAGAAAGCAUCUAAUUAUUUAAUUGACAGCAUCUUAUUUUCCUACAACAUUAGUGAUAACACAGUAUUUCCUGAUGCUGAAGACAAAGGAAUUGUUACUGUUUAUGACUCUGUGAAAAUUGAAAUUCCUUUGAAUGACAUCUUUAGAUGCAAUAGUUUAUCAACAUUAAAGAUAAAUGAUGUUGUCCAGCACUAUUGGGAUGUUGUUGUUCAAGCUUUUGUCCAAAAUGGCACAGUGAGCACAAAAGAGUUUCUGUGUGAUGGAGACAGAUCUUCUACCACAGUGACACCCAUCAUUCACACCACUGUGCCAUCUUCUACUACAACACCCACUCCAAAGGAAAAACCAGGUGUUGGAACCUAUUCAGUUAGUAAUGGCAACGGUACUUGUCUGCUGGCUAUGAUGGGGCUGCAGCUGAACAUCACUCAGGAUAAGGUUACUUCGGUUAUUAACAUCAACCCCAAUUCAACUAACUCCUCUGGCAGCUGCCAUCCUCAGACUGCUCAGCUGAGGCUGAAUAGUAGCACCAUUAAGUAUCUUGAUUUUGUCUUUGCUGUGAAAAAUGAAAACCGAUUCUAUCUGAAGGAAGUGAAUGUCAGCAUGUAUUUGGUUAAUGGCUCUGUUUUCAGCAUUGCAAAUACCAAUCUUAGCUAUUGGGAUGCCCCCCUCGGAAGUUCUUAUAUGUGCAACAAAGAGCAGACUGUCUCAGUGUCUGAAACAUUUCAGAUAAAUACCUUUGAUCUAAGGGUUCAGCCAUUCAGUGUGAUAGAAGGAAAGUAUUCUACAGCUGAAGAAUGUUCUGCUGACUCUGACCUCAACUUUCUUAUCCCUGUUGCAGUGGGUGUUGCCUUGGGCUUCCUUAUAAUUGUUGUCUUUAUCUCUUAUAUGAUUGGAAGAAGGAAAAGUCGUACUGGUUAUCAGUCUGUGUAAUCAAUUAAAUCUAGUGCUUUUUGUUUUUUGUUUUGUUUUUGCAAUUAGAAGUUAUGUUUUCAUUGGCUGAAAGCCAGGAAAUACUGUGCAAUAGAUUUUUUAAGAUAUGCAGACUAACCUCACUCAGUGAGUUGCUAGCUAACUUGGGCAUGAGUGGCACCUAUUUAAGAAAAAAAUGUAUUAGGACCAUUUUUUUUCUAUUUUUUUUCUUCCUUUGUUAAAAUGUAAUUUAAAGAAAAAUUAUGGUCUAGAAUAUGCUUUUUUAAAAAAUAAUGAUUUUAAGCCUCUGGAUCCAAUUAUAAAAGACUUUUUAUUGAGGUAUAAUUUUAUAUGUUGCAGUUACUUGUAUUUUGCUACUUUGAUGUUAUUUGCAGUAUCAAAGCUGUUAACUUGCUUUAGGAAAUAAACUCAAGAACAUUAGGAAUUCAUUUUCAUUGGUGGUAAAUAUAAAAUUUGGUUCGUAAUGAGAUUUCCUUUCCCCAUCUCCUAAUCAGGAUGAUUUAAAUAUUUAUUUUUCUGUUAGUUAAAAAGAAAGGGGUUUCACGAUAUUGUACUGAAUAUAAAAGUCUGAAUGUUUUCUCCAUUAUUGUUAAUGGCUACUAUGUUUUAACAAGGAUGUCUUUUUGUUUGUUUGUUUUGUCUGCUUGAGUUUGGAAUAUUGAUUUCCUCACCCUUGACAUUUAUGUUGAAAGAUGAAGUAACACCUUCAGCUUCUUAAUAAGGUGUUGAGGUAAUUAGACUAUGGUUUUUCUAAGGUUAUGAUUUAGAAUUUUUUUUCCCCUCAGAGCCUUAACUUGUCCAGAAAGUUAAUUCAUUCCACACUAAAAAAAAAUGUUCUUUGCUCUUCCUGCCCUCAUAUUCUCCAUUUGAGUAAGUUCUAAUUGAUUUUUUUUAAACAUUUCUUCUCUCAGCAGCAAGUGCUAACUCUAAGAGGCUAGCAGGCCCUGAUACGUCAUCAGUCAGCUGCCUAGCCAAAGCUAGACUGGGAUUAUUCUGUAAAUUUGUUGAUCUUGAUAUAACAUUUAUAUACUUGUAGGAACCUCUGAUGGUUCUGGCUUCCAGAAUAAGGUACCAGAGACCACUCAUCCCUGUGUCUGCUUGAAUUGUUCUUUUAUUUGGAAAUACAGUAUUAUGGUUGUCUAGCACCCAAAUGGUUUUUUGACAUACUUGUCAUUAGUACAAGGCAGAUGCUUAUUUUAACAUGCUAUUUUAUCUCUACAUUACAAAAAACUAAAGUUCCCAAAUAUCUGUCUUCACUUCAGAAAUUUUCCUUGGAUUAAAAAAUUAAGCCUAGACCUUAAAAAACUUAGUUAUUUAUUACAACCAAGGAUUAAGUCCCAAUCUACCUCUCAGUGCAAUGCAGAUGCUCAACACCACUGUGUUGCUGCCAUUAACUGAUGCCAGAACUCUUUGCCAGUAACUGGAAUUACAAAAUUUAGUUAAAAAGAAAUAAAAUUCAUCAAUAUCUUUCUGUACUAUCUUAUCUAUAUACCUAUCUUAAAAGCAUAUAUUCCAAGCUGGAGUAGAAAGUCAAAUUGUUCAAUUACAUCUCCUUUAGUACUCUGAAACUCUGAUUUGUAGAUUCAAGCUCUCCUCUAUUUGCUAAGUACAUGAAGAAUGUUUUCUUCUAAAAUAUUAUUCUCUGAGAACAUCUGUUUAUUUGUUGUUUGGUAAAAAGUAUUUGGUCAAAACAAUGGUACCACAAAGAGCAGUGGCUUCAUUUCAAAACAUAUUUUUGAGAUGACUGUCUAGAAACCAGACUAGUUCAAUGAGCUAGUGACCUUCCUAAGUAUAUGAAUUGGAGAUUCAGAUACAUUCAAAAUUGUGGUUUCAUUUAAAGGUUUUCUACCUUUUGGGAUGGAGACUACUAUCACUAAUUUUCAUUAGGUAUUAUGGCUUUAUCUUAGAUAAUUAGAAAAUGUGUGCUUAAUUCACUGAGAAUUAAAAUAUGAAAUAUUAACUGAGGGCUAAAACAAAAGCUCCUUCAACUCCAGAAAAAUACACAAAACUUGAAAUCUAUGAACUGAGUGUUCAGUUAGCGUUGCUCACUGAUUUUGUUUUUAUGUCAGUACAACAGAGGAUCCAGAAAUAGUACUUUGAACACAUGAGUAGAAAGAAUCAUUUUUCACCUAAGCUUCUUUGGAAGAACUGAUGCUUGCUGCUACCUAAAGUUCUGGAUAUACCAACUUAGAGAACUAAUUAAUACUUGCGAAAUAAAGCAUACUGUGGUACUCCUGUUUGAUAUGAUAUAUGUGAUUUUUAGAUUGAUGGAUUAAAAUAUAAUAAAGAUCAUACAUUCCAUA